ACCAACCUGAUGUCACGGACUGAUUUCUGUGAGGGAGUUUGUAGCCAGGAAAAAUAUUAGGAAAGUUACAUUGCGUCCAACUCUUGAAACAAGAUGGUUGUGAUCAUGUGGAAAAGAACAUGUCGCAGCGAGCAGGUGUCCCGUGCCGCACACGUUCUCUUGUUUAGCGCAACGCUGUGCACGGCCUUAGGUUCCUCUGCCGCCAGGCUGCUGCAAAAAACAGACGACACAUUUCCCGGUUACCGUCCAAGACAAGCGGCACCCAAACAUUUGCAGACGAACCAAAGACUUUCAAAUCUUCCAAUUGAAUUUCAACCGAUGUUGACGGAAACUCGACAAAGAUAUCUCUCGACAACGAGUUUUCCACUUUUCUUCCCUGCCCGCCAAGUUACUGAUCGUGAGAAAGAAGAAAUCCAUUUAAAACCAAACGCUUUGCGCAGGUCACAUGGUUUUGAUGGUUCUCUCCCUCCUCCAGGGAGGGGCAUUGCUCAUAUACAGACAAUUCUAGGACGCUUACCGGGAAAAGAAAAACCAUUGAAACAGUUAACGAGAAAUUUGAACUUCGAAGAUGCAAUUUCUAAUUUGAGAGACGCUGAUGAGAGCAAAUUUACAGACACAUUUCGAUCCAAAAUGCUGCGCUUACUGCGAGGAAUGAGGCACGUGAAGCCUGACAAACGCCAAGGCGGCACUGGGCCCCCGAUGUACCCCCCGGGAUGGUGACAACACCCCACGGGACAGGGGUGAAAUCUUUGAUCAGAACUCAAAAUGCUCAAUAUUGAAGUUACACAAUAGACAAAGAAGUAUUGAAAUAUAGCGAGUUUUGCGAUUUUUACUAGCAUUGUGGUUUUAAUCUGUCUUGUUUAGUGAAUGGAUCGGAAUGCAUUAUCUUUCACAGAUUUUCUUCACAUUUUCAUUUUCUUUUAGCACGAUUUAAAAACUGCGUUUCUCGAAAAAAAAGCAUCAAAUUUAACAUCGUACGUGAAGGUUAACGAUGAAGCGGAUU